GCCCUCUGCCUGCGGGCCAUGAGGGGGACAGAGGGGCACACGGCCAGGGCACCGCUGCGUGAGCACUUGGACUCAGAGAGGACACACGCCAGGCAGGCCGAGGCCCGGCUGCGCCAGCACCUGCAGAGGCUGGAGCGGACCUGCCGGCACCAGCUGAGGCUGCUGAGCUGGGAGCAGAGGCAGCUCCAAAGAGCGCGGGAGCGGCUGCAGCAAGAGAUCACCAAGAGGAAGGGCCCCUCCUCUUUCCGGAACGGACUCCAGCAGCGACCAGGAGACCCGGCGCGUGGAGGGGAGCGUGGGGCCCCACGGGCCACGGGGCUCAGAGCACCGGCAACUGACCCGGCCCAAGGGACACACAAGGCCGCGCCCCAGGAGCCCCUUUCCUGUCACGCUGGCCUCAGGGACCCUGAGGAAAACAAAGAGCUGUCACCGUCCCAAAGCGGCGCAGCAUCUGACGCCACAGAAGAGAAGCCAGCAGAUCCAGAACGCGGGGCCAGCCCAGCAGGAGGCCGCGGAGGGGCCGGCGGGGACGAGGCCAGAUCAGAAGACACCGCCACACGGCCGGGCCACAGUGCUGGGGAGCCCACGCCCCCGAGGUCCACGAGGUGCGCGGGAAACGCCAACGGCGAGUCCUCGGCGUUCUCCUUCCCCGAGCUGUUUGCAAAGGCCGCCCACGCCCACUACCUGCGGCACAGGGCGCCCCCCGAGUCAGAGAGGCUGCUCAGCCUGGCAGAGAUUUUCGGGCAUGGGGACCCGGCAGCCCAGAGCCCGGUGGCCUCUCAGUCACCUCCUCUGUGACCAGCCGGUACACACGUCACAGUCACCACAGAGACGUACUUCUCUGUCUUGGCCUCAUUUCAAACCCUGUUUCCUCCCUUUCACGGAAU